AUGGCUCCGCCGCCAUUUGUGCACCAAUUUGACACGUAUGGACUGGUCCGGAGGCUAGAGGAUUCAGGAUGGUCGAAAUUGCAUGCUAUCACAACCAUGAAAGCUGUUCGCCUGAUGCUAGCCGAAAACACCGAAUUUGCUCGUGACGCCUUAGUGAGCAAAUCGCAGGUAGAGAACGAGACGUAUCUAUUUCGUGCAGCAUGCGCCGAGCUUAAGACAGAGGUGACAUCACGUCGACGGUCGGAGCAAGAAAAGAUGCGGGCUCAGCGCAGCCAGUUACAACACGAGGUAGACAUUCUUACGCAGAGAUUGGGCCAGGAAAGCGCAUCGCUGAAAGAUGAGGUCAAGGGCAUGUUUGAUGACCGGAAAAUGACGGUGCGAAAUGAGCAACGCGAGAUGGAGUCCAAGGUGCAACAGCUCAAUUACAAAAUUACAGUCGACCUACAAGCAGACGCUCGAUCUGAGGUCGAAGGCUUGCGAUGGGUGAUGACGCGGCGUGUGAUAAUAGCACUCGGCGCCGUCGUAAUCAUGGUUCUUGGCUCGCUCAAGCUGUACUCGAGCGCUGUUCACGACCAGGAGAUGGAGGCGAAACGCAAGUCCAGCAUGAAGUCCAACGGCUCACAGACGGACGGUCCUGGAUUUGGUGAAGGAUCGCCUCGCGAUUAUCGGACAUCUGGUGGUGAUGGAGAGGUGAUGGUCAAAGAGGGCGACAAUCCGGCCUUUGUGAGCCUUGGAUGA